GGGCGCGGGGCUCGGGCGCCCCAUGGCCGCGGCCUUCAGCAGCGACGGGGCGGCCGCGCUGCGGCGGGAGCUGGGCCUGGCGGCGGCGGCCGAGCCGCGCAAAGACCUCGACGGCUUCUACGAGAUGGGCCGGGCCGCCGCCUUCGUGCGGGACGGCGGGUUCCGCAAGGUCGCCCUCCAGUUCCCCGACCGGCUCCUGGCGGACGCGGCGGCGGUGGCGGCCCGAAUGGAGGCGUCGACGGGGGCUGAGAUGUACGUCCUGGGCGACACCACGUACGGCAGCUGCUGUGUAGACGAGGUGGCCGCCGAACACGCGGGUGCCGAGGCGGUGGUGCACUACGGCCCGGCCUGCCUCAGCCCCUGCAGAAGGGUCCCGGUACUGCACAUCUUCGGGCAGCAGCCCCUGGACGUCGGGCGUUGUGCAGAGGCCUUCCGGGAGCUCUACCCCGACCGGCAGAGCCGCGUGGUGGUGCUGAGCGACGUGGUCUACGCCCAUGCAAUGGGUGAACUGGAACAGCAGUUGUGCCUCGAGUACCCCAGUAUCGUUUUCUCCAGGGUGGUGUGUGAGGACCCUCCUGGUCCCGCCCCACCUGGGGAGGUGCAGCAAUUUGGCCGCCAGUUCCCAGUGGAGGCGCCGGGAGGGCUCCAGGACUGUGCCAUGUUCUACGUGGGAGCUGAGGGCCUGGCCCUCACCAACUUCAUGCUGACCUGGAACCGCUGCCCCUUCAGCUCCUUUGACCCCACCACCGGCUGCAGCCGCCGCGAGACCCUCAACGUCAACCGGGCCCUGAUGCGACGCCUCUACUUGGUGGAGCGGGCCCGGGACGCCCGGGUGGUGGGCAUCCUGGUGGGCACCCUGGGGGUGGCAGGCUACCUGGCUGUGCUGCAGCACCUCCGGGAGCUUCUGCGCCGAGCUGGCAAGCGCAGCUACACGCUGGCUGUGGGGAAGCCAAACCCUGCCAAGCUGGCCAACUUCUUGGAAGUGGACAUCUUUGUCCUGGUGGCCUGCGCUCAGAACUCCCUGCUGGACUCCAGGGAUUUCUACCGGCCUGUUGUGACCCCCUAUGAGUUGGAGCUGGCCUGCAACCCAGCCCGCGAAUGGACGGGGAACUACCUCACUGACUUCCGAGACCUGCUGCCAGGUGCCUGCGCGCAUCUCGAGCUCCCACCAGCCGUCCCUGCGGCAGAGGCUGCUCCCGACGUCUCGCUGAUCACGGGGGAGAUGCGCGUCACCCACCUCUGCGACCCCCCGGCCCCCCAGCUGCCCCCCAGCACUGCCCUGGCCUGCAGGGACCAGACACGGGCCCUCACCCAGAUCAGCCCAGCUGCUUCUUUCCUGGAGGCCCGCAGCUGGCGGGGCCUGGAGCAGCAGCUGGGGCAGACGCCCGUCUCCAAGGCUGUGCAGGGCCGACGAGGGAUUGCCAUUGCCUAUGAGGAUGAGAGGCAUGAGCAACCCUGAUCUGGCAGGAGCAGGAGGCCUGCAGGGGCCCAGGCAUUGCCUGACACCAGCUGUUGGACCUGCAAGGGUCUCAAGAGGGUCCAGACCUGUUGCCAGCUGGCCCCACGCUGGAUAUAGCCCUGGGUCAGUAGUGCUGUGGUGGGAGAACAGGAAUUGCAGGUGUGUUUGGGGAUCCUUUGGGGCUUCCCACAGCACCCCGGGACUUGUGGCCAGGGCAGUUGCAGGGCCAGAAGAGCUGCUUGGCCCAGCCCCAGCCUCUGAGGGCUCCUCAGUCUGGGGCAGGUUUGGCCCUACUCGGAAAGGUCACAGCUUUGCACAAGCCAACUUGAGGCUUGUGUGGGCUACUGCUGCUAACUAAAGCUCAACUGAAAAGGA